AUGAGUACAGAAUGGCGAUUUAUACCUAAGAGAGCUCCCUGGUACGGAGGAUUCUGGGAAAGACUUAUUGGCCUGACGAAGGUGACCCUUAAGAAGAUUAUUGGACGAGCGUACGUUACCCUGGAAACCCUUCAAACCAACACUACAGAGGCAGAGUGCAUGAUUAACAAUCGACCGCUGACGCACGUUCCAUCCAGUCCAGAUGAUCCUAGACCACUGACCCCAGCACACCUGUUGUAUGGCCGCCAGACGACAUCAUUACCAUAUUCCAACGACAUUUAUGCCACUAACUGUGAUGUAACGUCAGAUCACACAUCACUUACCAAGCGAGCCCGGAUGCAGCAGACGCUAAUAGACCACUUUCGGCGCAGAUGGAUGUCCGAGUACCUGACGGCUUUUCGUGACCACCACCAGAAGACAGAAUGUAACGCCCAAACGAUAAAAGUGGGUGACUUUAUACUAAUCCAUGACAACUCUCCGAGAAUACGACGAGACGAGCUACUCACUUAA